AUGCUCGGCAUCUUGGGGAACCGCAUGCCUGGGAAGCCGAGAACGAGGCGGGGGGCAGGCUGGCAGGAGGCGAGGUCAGGACAUCAUACAGGACGGUACCACACCACGGUGCUGAGGACCCGGAGCCGAAAGGACACCCCCAACCUCGCCGAACCCCCGCAAGAUGCGCUGCUGUUCUUUACUGGACAUGUUCAGCUGAGCCUCGGCCUACUCCCGGGACCAGGAGCUCCGCAAAAUAGCCCUACCCCGUUUUUCCAGUACACGACCGACACCCUUCUGCGAAAGAACAACUGUGUUCUGAUCCACUGCUGCUAG